CUUGGCUCCGCUCAGGCCACCGCUUAAGCCCACCCGAGAAAAUCCAACAGGAUAAGUUCCGACAACAGCCAAACCCUCCAUUGCAGCGACCAACACAUCCAACACGAACACCCAAUAACCAUGGCACACCCGCACCAUUUAACCCGCUACCACGCGACCCUCCUCUCAACCUCCAAACGCCAACUAACCUCUCUCCGCACCAUCCGCUCCAUAGUCCCCCAAUGCACUCGCCAACUCCACCAUCAAACCCGACCAGCCCGCCGUCACCCUACUCCAACACACCUCAUAUCGUCUCCUCUUUCACAACCAACCAGACGGCCAUACCACUCCGAACACCACCCUGACCCCCCGCCUCACGAAUAUACCAACUCCCAAACUACCAUCCUCUCCGCUGCCCUCCGCCACGUCCCGACCCACGGCUUCACCCGCGACGCCCUCACCCUCGGCGCCCGCGAUAGCGGCUUCCUAGAUGUCUCGGUGCAAUUGCUCCCGCGCGGAGAGUUCGACCUGGUUCUAUUCUGGCUAGCAAGUCGCCGAGGAUUAUUGCGCGCAAGCGUGGACAAUGGACUCUUCGAAAAGGAUGAGCGGGUGAAGGCCGGAUUGAAAUUGUCCGUAGAGGAAAAGACGAAGCUCUUGAUCAUGGAGAGGCUAAGAAUGAAUACUGAGAUAAGACAUCAGUGGCAGGAUGCUCUGGCGCUUAUGUCGUUGGCGGGUAAUAUCCCUCUUUCGUUGUCGGAGUUGCAUGCGCUUUCGUCGGAGAUCUUGACUCUCGCUGGUGAUGCUUCGGUUGAUGCGUCGUGGUAUACUAAGCGGUUGUCUGUUGCGGCAAUCUAUGCGUUGUCGGAGGUGGUUAUGACCCGGGAUCAGAGUCCUGGUCUUUCUGAGACGGAGGCGUUCGUUGAGCGGCGUGUUGAGGAUAGCUCUGCUAUUGGGGAGAAACUGACCGGAUUCAAGCAGUGUUUAGGGUUUGUGGGGUCGACGGCUAUAGGGCUGGGGAGGAGCUGGGGAUUGAAGAUCUAAUGGGUGGUCCUGUAUGAUUUGUACUAUUACUACGUCCGGUCUUGGUGGGUGUUUAGAUAUUAU